UAUUUACCUACAGAGAAGGUUGUGACUCUGAGAGUCAAAGUGUUAGUCACUACAUAAUAUGUUUGAGUCGCAUUACCUGCCCAUCGUAGAUACAGGGAUUGAGGGAGCGGCCCUGGGUAUUUAGUCUCUAAGUGAUGCUGCUCUAAAAGAUUAACAGGCUGUGAGCAAGCUGAAGCACCCUCGAGUCGAGGUGUUUCUUCACCAAUGGUUUCUUUUGGCUGGAAGAAGAAGAUUGACCAGGCAGUUGUUAAACGAAGCAGGGAAGAGUUUGAAAAAGAUGCAAAAGAUGUAGUUGAUGAAGAUGAAAUUAUUAUACAAAAUGGAGAAGUAGACUGGCUAUCACUUGCACCAAAAAGAAAUUGCACUGUCGCUUUGGAAGAUUCAUUAGCUAAAGCUGGGCGAUUAAAAACAGAAGGCGGAACGUUAGCAGAGGCAGAAAGGUAUUGGGAGGCUUUGAAAAAGUGGGAUGAAGCAUUAGCACUGACCCCCAAGGAUGCAACACUUUAUGAAAUGAAAGCUCAGGCAUACCUACAGCUUUGUGAAGUGUUCCCUGCUGUCCAGAGUGCUAGCAAAGCUGUUCAGCUGGCACCAACUUGGUGGGAGGCAUACCAGACCCUAGGCAGAACACAUCUAGGACUGGGGGAAGUGAAACUUGCCUUGCGUAGCUUUUCCAAAGCCUUCCACAUCAACCCAUGUGAUCAGGAACUUUGGGAAGAAGAUUUACAGUGGACAUUAUCGUUAUUGAGAAGAAAGCAGAACAUAAAAGAUCAGCUGCAGACAGUUGUACAGCAGUCUAGAAUUAGUAUUAGAACUUUGGAGGAAGAGAGCGAAGAAUCUGGCUCUGAAAAUACUGCUUUAUCAGAUACAGAGGCUGAAAGUAGACUGGUUCAGUUUACCUCUGGGUCAGAUGAAAAACAUGAAGAAGGUGAACAAAAAUUGAGAAGAUUGCCUGGAAACUAUGUGCAAAUGAGGGACACAGGUUAAUUUUUGUGGUGCUUAAAAUAUAAAAAUUUUCUUAGUUUUCAAUUAAAAUAAAAACAGGUGAAGAUCACACACAAUAGAUGUGUUUAAAUUAAUUGUAUUAAAUAAAUGGACAGCGUAAAGUUGGCAUUAAGAAAAAAAGAGAAAAAGGAAAUGCUCUGGAAUUAUAUCGUUACCUUAAAGGUACACACAAGAGGAUUUUCUGACAAAAUUCAAAUUCAUAUUCAACUAAUUAUCCUGGGGUAAUUGGCAGUUUCCUACGAUUUACCAACCUUUAAUCUUCCUUUUCUAACACUCACCAUAACUGUAAAAUUUUUGAAGCAAUAAAUCAAAACCCACGCUUAUGUGAUGGUUUUUCAAG